AUGGUCUUCCAUCCACCAUCUUGGGUGCCCCAACUCCCCUUUGACCCGCCGGACUCAAUCCCGAUAGCAGAGUUCAUGCAGAAUGAGCAGUAUGGCCGAUACCCAAUCUCACAAAGCCGCAACCCCUUCACCUGCGGAGUCACGGGGCGUACAUACGCGGUCAAUGAGUUCUUCGCGCGUUGUGACGAUCUAUCGAGAGCGAUUGCUCGUAGGAUGAGAUGGUCGCCGAAUGAAGGCACCACGUGGGACAAGGUGCUCGCGAUUUUCUCGCUGAACUCGAUUGACUGGUUGACCGUGUGCUAUGCGAUACACAGACUUUCGGGCAUAGUGAGUCCAGCAAACGCGGCUUAUUCUGCCGCCGAGCUCGAGCACCAGCUGAAAUCGUCAGGCGCCAAAACUCUCGUGACAUGUGUACCUUUGCUGGAGAUCGCACUGCAGGCGGCCAGGGCCGUGGGCAUUCCUGAUGACAAGGUGUUCGUUUUCUCGCUGCCAGGUGUGGACGACAGCUCGAUACGCUUCAAGGCCGUUGAGGAUUUGAUCCGCGAAGGCGCUCAGCUGCCUGCUCUCGAAGCUCUCCGGUGGACGAAGGGCCAAGGCGCACGGCAGCCUGCCUUUCUGUGCUACUCGAGCGGCACAUCCGGACUUCCUAAAGCCGUCAUGAUAUCCCACCGCAACGUGAUCGCCAACGCGAUGCAGCACACGGCGUUUGACAAGCCCGCCCGCGCGCGGCGCGGCAUCACGACGCAGAACACGCUCGGCCCGCUGCCCCUGAGCCACAUCUACGGCCUGGUCGUCGUGUCGCACACGGGGCCCUACCGGGGCGACGGCAUCAUCGUGCUGCCGAGCUUCGAGUUUGAGCAGUACCUCGGCGCGAUCCAGCGCUUCAGGGUCGCGCAGCUGAUUGUGGUGCCUCCGAUCAUCAUCCGCUUGUUACGAACUCAAGAGGUGUGCCAGAAAUAUGACUUGUCCAGCGUCCGCUUUGUCUACAGCGGAGCUGCGCCGCUGGGAGACGAAACAAUAAGCGACCUGAAGAAGAUCUACCCACAGUGGACGAUUGGGCAAGCCUAUGGAAUGACAGAGACAUCGACGGUGGUAACCUCGACAAGCGAGGACGACGUCGUGAACCGCUCCUCAGGAUCGCUCAUCCCCGGCGCGAGGCUCAAGCUCCUCGCACCCAACGGCGAGGAGAUCACCGAGCACGACCAGCCCGGCGAGCUGUACGUGCAGGCGCCCUCCGUGGUGCUGGGAUACCUCAACAACGAGCAGGCCACUGCUGAGACCUUUGUGGUGCACGACGACGGGAGAUGGAUUCGCACCGGCGACGAGGGGCUUGUCACCCUCGCGCCGUCGGGGAACGAGCAUGUCGUUAUUGUGGAUCGCAUCAAGGAGCUGAUCAAAGUCAAGGGUCACCAAGUCGCCCCGGCCGAGCUGGAGGCGCACCUGCUCACACACCCCGUGGUAUCUGACUGCGCCGUUAUCGAUACACCGGACGAGCGAGCAGGCGAGGUUCCCAAGGCUUUCGUGGUCAAGACGCCAGCCUACGCGGCAAAGCCUGACGACGAGGUCGCAGCGGCCAUUGUAAAACACGUCGCGGACCACAAGGCGUCGUAUAAGUGGCUCAGAGGCGGGGUCGAGUUUCUGGAUGCCAUUCCCAAGAGUCCCAGCGGCAAGAUCCUGCGGAGACUGCUCAGGGACAAGGAGAAGGCGAAACGUGGGCGGACGGGAGCUAAGCUGUAGAGGCUGCCAUUUAGAUGAGAUGCAUGGG